AAAUGUUAGGCGGAAUUCUUGAUGCUUCUAUAACAGCGCGUCGUAUGGAAUCCAGCUUAUUCGUCUCAUUUGCUCCACAAAUCUCUUUCAUUUAAAUUGUUUUAUAUGUUUGGAUAGAUCAUUUCGGUAGCUAAUGCAAUAUCUCCUAAUAUGUUUUUAUCCUGCGACCUAUGCUGUAUUUUAGCAAUCAGUUCAUAUUUAUAGGCUCACACGGUGUCUAUUAUUUCAUAUGGUUCUUUAGAUUCUUUUCAGAAGUUCCCAUUAUCCCUCCAUUUUACCGUAUUUUACGAGUCUCGAAUAAAAUUUUCAAAGGGAUUCUGAGUUUUCUUAGGUAUGGGUGAUGGGCAGCGAAAGUUCACUUUUAAGCCUCUCAAGAGCACUCCCAAAGCGACCACUCCACGCAUUUCGAGCUCAGCACCCAGUAUUCCAAUGCAUAGACCGCUUUUCACGACUUCUGAUAACUCCCCAACAUGCAAGGAUGAUAAUUCAACAAAAGUUUCAGCUAAGUUUCUCCCUACAGCUACAGUGACUCCAAUUAGGAACAACAAUGAUGUAGUUAGGUCCCCAUCCCCUGAUCUCGACGUUUCAAUUCACGAAGAGUCAUUAGAAGUUCCUUCACCCUCCUGGUUUGACGAAUCUGAACCAAUAGAAAAUCCCAGUUCUACACCCACCAAAAACUUAACACUCCAUAGGCCAACAGAUAAAACAUCACCGGUCUCAGUUAUUCCUCGAACUUCUAGCUUGGAGUCUUCUACUUGUAUGAAAAGUGUAUCUAAACCAUGUCUGCAAAAUGAGUCUCGAAUUUUUCAAGCGCUCAGCACAGAAAACUCAAAUUUAAGAUCUCAUGAUGACUCUGUUUCAAUACCUCAGUCAUUUUACAGUUCAAUCUGUAAAGCAUGUGACUUAUUGGAGAACUUACCAAUGAACAAAUUAAUGUAUUGUUUUGGAGAUGAAUUAUCCGUAAUAACAAAAUUACUGCAUGAAAGAAGCUCAAACCCAAAUAUUGUGAGCGGUCACCCUCCCUCAGGAAUGGUGAAGAAAUUAACCAAUCCGAUUUCUCCUACAUUCACAUCUGGUCAACACAUUCGAAACACAAAUACCUCUAAAAGGAUGUUGAUGGGCGUUACCUCAUGUGCACUUGGGAAUAUCUUGUCCGAUGAUGACAGUUGGGCCAACAUUAGCACUAACUCAUCGAAAACCCGAGCCUUGUCGGAUGUUCCUACAAAAUGUUCAAGUACUAAAAAGUCAGCUACACAAAAAACGGAUGAUAAUUGCACCAUACGGCAUUCGACUAUGACUUUUGACUCUGGCGAAGGGAGUGCUUUCCUUCCACUUCAAGCUCAAUCUAAAUGGGAUGUCCAGACCCAUUGUGACGAUCAAUAUAAUCAGCCAGAUGAUGGCUCAACAGGCGAGUUUGAUGGAGAUGAUCGUUUUCCUCAUUCUAAACGCAUGAUGGAAGCAUUCUCAAAAAUGUUUGGUCUACGAUCCUUCAGACGGAAUCAACUCCAAGCAAUCAAUGCAGCUCUUCUUGACCGUGAUUGCUUUGUAAUCAUGCCCACCGGUGGCGGAAAGAGCCUGUGUUAUCAGCUUCCAGCUGUUGUUCAGUCUGGCUUAACGGUCGUAAUUUCUCCUUUAAAAGCACUAGUGUUGGAUCAAGUUACAAAACUUCAGUCACUUGGUGUUCCAGCGGCUCAUCUGACAGGUGAGGCCAGUCUCUCCGAAAGUGACCAAGUAUACACUGCUUUACAUAUGGCCAAUCUCCGCUUAAAACUUUUGUAUGUAACACCAGAGAAAAUCGCUGCUUCUGAUAAGCUGAAAGGAUGCCUAGAACAACUGUACAAACGUAAACGUUUAGAUCGUUUUGUGAUCGAUGAAGCCCACUGUGUCAGUCAGUGGGGCCAUGAUUUUAGACCGGAUUAUAGAAAUCUAAGCAUUCUACGAAUCAAUUUCCCAGACGUACCGAUGAUGGCCAUGACUGCUACAGCUACACCAAAAGUUCGUAGAGAUAUUCUACUUCAACUGAAAAUGACAAAUACUAAGUGGUUUAUUCAAAGUUUCAACCGUGCGAACUUAAGAUUUGAGGUUCGACCAAAAAAGCUUAAAAAUUGUACAAAAGAGAUUAUUGAUGUUAUACGUAACGAGUUUCCUAAACGAUCAGGAAUCGUUUAUUGUCUAUCACGUCGAGAAUGUGAUGUCGUAGCUGAGGAGCUGAAGGCCGCUGGACUUCAAGCUUCCGCCUAUCAUGCUGGAAUGACAGAUGCUCAGAGGCGAAAUGUUCAACAGGCAUGGAUACAAGAAGAUAAAUGUAAGAUUGUAUGCGCAACUAUUGCUUUUGGUAUGGGGAUAGAUAAACCAGAUGUUAGAUUUGUUAUUCACCAUUCCUUACCAAAAUCAAUUGAAGGUUAUUAUCAAGAGGCUGGACGUUCAGGAAGAGAUGGAUUACCCUCGACAUGCAUUCUUUAUUAUCAUUGGCAUGAUGUUGUCAGAUUACGGAAGCUAAUACAAGGCGAUGGAUCUUCUUCAGUAGCUAGAGGAACUCAUCAGUUUCACGAAGAUGCACUUUAUCGUAUGGUUUCUUAUUGUGAAAAUCAAAUUGACUGUCGUCGUAAACAAAUGCUAUCACAUUUUGGUGAAGCAUUCGAUUCAGCUACUUGUGGAACUAUAGUUGGUUGUUUGUGUGAUAAUUGUCAGUUGUCUGAUCGAAGACGUCUAGAACACAGAGAUGUAACAGAAGAUGCUAUUAAAAUAGUUCAUACAGUUGAAUUGCUUGUACGAUCACGACGCAAUGUGACAGUGAAUUAUCUUGUGGAUAUUUUUCGAGGAGCAAAAACCAGUCAAAUUCAAAAAAGUGGUGAUGAAUCAAAUCAAAUCUAUGGACAAGGUUCUGCUUAUUCAAAAACAGAUGCUGAGAGACUAUUCCAUCGCCUUAUUUCCGAACGUAUCUUGUAUGAAGAGUUGGCAGUUACGCAACUAGAUCAUGUUGUUGCCUACGUUCGUCUUGGAUCAAAAUCAACAGGAUUACUAAAUGGUUCUAUUAAAAUUACUUUACCAGUUUCUAUACCGAAUCGAUCAGGACAUAGUGAAACUAAUGUUGUUGGUCGCCCACCGGAAGAUCGUUAUGCCAGUGUUCGUAAUCAAUGCUAUGAGGAAUUAGUCCAAGUAGCAAAACAACUUACGUCCGCUCAAGGGAUCUCAAAUUAUGCUACUGUAUUUCCAAAUGAAAUGCUAUUAGAAAUGGCUUCAAGUUUACCAGCUACUCGUGAAGAAUUACUUCAAAUACCCCAGUGUACGGAUUACAAAUUGAAUUGUUUCAAUGCAGAGUCAUCAUUUUUAGAAAUUACUUUAAAUUAUCUUUCAAUUCUUGGUGGUAAGAUACAAUUGAAUUAAUUGACUCAGUAUUUAAUUUAUUUCUUGAGUGGUUUUUUUCAUUUCAUUCAGAUUAUCACUUUCGUGUGUCAGAUGAUGAGCCUUAUGAAAUAUAGGUAACAGAAAUAUUUAUCUUCUAUAGUUUGCUUAGUGAUAAAGAAAGUCACAGAUCGAAAUUAUAUACCAAUGAUUAACAUUAACCUUUAUUUUCCAAUAGCAAGUAACUGUUUUAUAUUGUAGUUAAGCAUAUUGCCAUCAUGUUUAUUCCAUAUGAUUGGUUUGUUAGUUUCAUAACCUUACUACACUUUGAAAACUGUGGAUAUAACUUGUUUGUUUGGGUCACACCAAUUAUUAUUCCUUGUUUUAGGAUCAUUUAUAGUACGAUCGGAGAAUUUUCGCCUAUAAGUAACUGUUACUACGUCGUUAACAAAAUAAAAAAAAAUUAAAUUAGAAUGUUGGAAGACUGGAUAAGGUAUUGAAUAACAAAGAAAAGUUUGCACCAAACUAAUUCUUAUUCUUUAUACUUGAAGAUUAUCACUUUAAGGAGAUAUCUUCGUCUUUCAUAUUAAUUAUUCUUUCUGUGAAAGAUUAAUCCAGUGCUUUGUUCGUGUAUGUCUUGCUUAAAAUAAACCUUCCUUACUGUUUUGAUUUUUGAGCCUUAAAAGCUGAAGAAAAAGAACAAGAGGAAAUGAACACUCCUCAACAAUCUUUACCACUAACCAGUUCUAGUCGCGGGCGAGGACGUAAUUUCGCUAAACGUGGUCGUACAAAGGCUUACAGUACAAAAAAGAUAACGCCAAGUGGUGGAGGCGAACGUAAACGAAGUUAUCUUUUUGGUAAAUAUCAAUUCAAAUCCAAUCCUAGUUCGUCAGCGUCAUCCAGUAGCUCAGCAGGCUGGAAGCGAAAAGCUCCAACAAGUACGUUCAACUCAAACACAUUUCAACCAAAACUAAUGAAACUUUCUGUAAAGCGAGAUUAAUUAGACGUUUUUAUCGGUUAUUUGUAAAGUUACUUAUUGUUUUUAUGCAUUUUGAUGUAUCAAAAGAAUAUUUGAUUUAAAAAUA